UCCGUCUAUUCCGUUUGUUGCUAAUGCUUUUCUCCCUGCGUAUGAGCUUAUUAUACCCUUCCGAUUAAUGGUUCCAAUUGAGAUCCCCUUCCAUUCCCAAUUUUAACAAGCUUGCAAUUGAUCUCCGGUUUCGUCUUUCAAGUUCUUAUGAUUCGACAAUUAUGGGUGGUGGAGAACCUACCAGUGCAGAUUUUUCAAAGCUUGUAAUUCUUAGCCAUUUUUUUUGGGUUAUAGAAUGAAUGUGGUGCUCUAAGCAAGCGGCCGAACAGAUUGCUGAGGAUAGAGUCACUCAUCAACGCACACCAACGGCCAAAUUGCAAGCCGCCAACGCAGCUACGCUUAGCCUCCUGCCGCCCUGUCCCUUCUCAGUGCUGUGCGCUGCCGUCGCUGCACCCGCUGCCCCGCAGCACCGCGUGCACUUCUGUGUACCUUCAACUUCGAGGCUGCGAUUCCUAUCUCUGCCCAGUGCCAAGCCCCUUCACACCUCCUUCCGUUCUGGUAGAAGUCGUCAUGAAACUGGCGGAGUCAUCUCUUGUAGUAAAAAGAUCAUUUACUAAUCUUUAUGCAUUCUUGUAGUAGAGUCUCUAUUUGUCAUUUUUAAAUAUUUUCACCUGCAAUUCGUAGUCAUCUUUCACCUUUUGGCAUCCAUUACAAUGUCACAACAUCUUUAUUCUAGCACAACUUACUCGGCUUGUAAUGAAAUUAUUUCAUCCUCUAUUAUUUCUUCUUUUAGUUUGCUAUUACUCCGUAUUAGUUUUGUAAUAAAAUUAUAAAUAUAAGGGUUUAUUACUUUACUAUGACCUUGGACUA